CUAGUACCCUAACCAGAGGCGCAUGCGCGCCUCGGGUAUUGAUUGAUUGAGACUUUAUUUUACGACAAGACUCCAUCGACACAGUGGCCGAUCUUCCGGGAACCGUGCUUACAAGAAACUGUUUACUCUAUUAAUUACACUAAAUCUAAUCAAGCAUACAGAUAUAGUUCCCUAGACGAUAUCUAAACACUACUCUAUUUGAAAUCGUUCUCAAUGAGGAAGGGACCGAGUUCCAGAAACACACUGGGCCCGAUAGAAGAAGGUACGGCGCAGGGCUUCAGUGUGCGGCCGUGAGAGGAUGACUCCUGACGCUGAGAGACGCGUGCCAUACGUGCUGCUGAUGUCCGCCUUCUCGAAUCGAAAACAAAUUUCGCUGGGAGCCAGCGAAUAGAAACCGCGAUGAGCUAGAGAUCCUAAGUAGAAAGCAUGACGUGUCUUGCAGGUGCUCAGGCCAUAUUUUGCAAGGAUAGGUGAAGUAUUCAGUCACACCUAUCGAUUUCCUGCAAGCUGUCAAAACGGCAACAUUGUACCACGUACAUUGAGGUAGUAAUCUAAUCACAGCAUCAAACGUGUACGCGGGGGACCUUCCUGUUUCCAUCGGUCACAAAUUCUACCAAUACAUGUAGUGGCGCUCAAAGCAAUGACAUUAUUGGUUAUUAUUUCUCUAGGUAUCAAAGUCUGUGAAGAGUGCAUGGAAGAUAUGAGGGUCGAGCAUUCAACAUCAUGCACUUCUUUAUCUGCUGUGGAUGCUAGUUAGUGUGACUGCCCAGUACGGUACCACUCAUGACUUUCUUUAGCCGUCGAUGCUCAUCAAGGCCUCAAUUUCAUACCUAAUGUCGACGCCAUGCCUGUCCUGGUUGUGUACCAUAUAUUUUCAUUCCUCACGUCAGCCUGCAUUUUCUGCUCUUCUACUCUGCAUGAGUACAACAGGUGCAUAAAGUUCGUGUGAACAUCUAGUGCUACUAGCCACACAAAGAAGUCCAUCGAAAGUCUUAUAAUUCCCUAAGGCAUUUUUCAUCAUAGCUACGCGAAACAGGUUACGCCUCAUUUGGCGAUUUUUCGCAACAGCGAAUUGGUGUGACGUGAAACUUUCUCUAACAAAAUAGCAAUUACAUACUUGAAAAUCUAGUCCAAACUGUUCGGUAUUAUUUGACUUACUUUUAAGUAGGCGCUGCACUAUCCAAGUUGUCUAAGCACGUACCGUUGGACGUCGCAAGCUUACAUGCCGCUUCCACUUCGAAAUGAUUUCAUCACUCGUUUGGAGAAAGUAGCACGACAUCUAUAUACUGUACCCUCAAGGCACACAUUACACAUCAACUGUCGUCUCGCUAGCGCCUGACUACAUGUGUGUCGCCACUCAGUUGGCUGCAUUGUUUCACUAUCACCGUCUGUUAUUCGUCUGUACAACUGUCAUAAUCAGACGCUAGAGACCUCAUUUGCAGUGGGCAGGAAGAGACACGUUUGACCAUUUGUCAGACUAUCGUCACCUCACUGUCUAUCCGGGUAAUGUCCGGUACUCAGUCAAUUGGAUUUGAGGGCGUCGAAGGCGUCAGUCAGUCAUCUCGUCAUAGUCAAAUGUCGCGGUCGGAUUUCGUCCGACGCCACGACCGUUUUCAUCGCAGACUUGCUCAGACCGAUAGCAACCCCCUCGAGACGAUAGAGUUAGCCACGCUCCCGAAGAACCGACGACGACUCAUCCAGAGGCGUGCUGAUUUGAAAUCCGGCUCGAAUUUGGUCAAUUUCCUCCAGCAGAAUGAACGCGUUAACCUCGCUUGGCUUGCCGAAGAGCUUCCUUCGUUUAGCAACCUAGAUCUAACAGCUGCGAGUGACGGAACAACCCCGCUACAGGCACUACUCGAAACUCCAAUCACAAAAAACGACCGUCAGUGGUUACGUCCAAUCGCAGAAAUGCUCAUUGCGCGCGGAGUCGUCGUCGAAGGACGGAACGAGCGUGGCCAGACGUCGCUCCACAUUGCGGUUCAGAACAACGUUCCCACUGAUUGUCUUCGCCUAGUGUUGGACAAGACAGCCGACGUCAACGCUCUCGACGCUAACUUCGUCACACCUCUUCAGCAAAUGGUAACGAGUCAAAACGCCGUCGAUCCCGCCUGUUUCCGUAUGCUAAUACGCUCGGGUGGGGAUCUCGAUCAGUUGUUCGGUGUGCAGCAGCGGGCAUCUAUUGUCCCUCCUCUUUAUCGCCUCUGCGAGAGAGCUGAAGACUUCAAGUCGCUUUAUGCAGUCGUUAAAGAAGAGAUUCCCGACGUUCUGUGGUCAAACAAGGAGGGUAUUCUCCAUCAUGCUGCCAAGCAUGGAUCAGAAGUCGCUAUCAAGAUUCUACUGGAUGAGUUUGGUGAAGAUCAAGAAAUCAUGCGAUCGUUAGAAGUUCUCCUCUUGGAAGCGGCUGGUUCUACACGGGAUGCUGAAGCAAAGGUCUCACAUCUCAUCUCUCUGAGUGAUGACACCAAGGAUCUCUCAGGACAAUUGCUCGUGCAUGCUGCUGCACAGCAAGGAUCAGUCGUGUUGUUAGAGACGUUCUUGCGUUAUGGACACGAUCCCAAUCUCUUAGACGCGGAUGGCAAUGCAGCCAUCCACUAUGCAGCAUUGGUUAAGGGCAGCAAUGGACCCGAGUCGAUACAUGUACUAGUCCAAUAUGGCGCCAAUGUAAACUGUGUCAACAAGCAGGGAAGUCUACCAGUAAGCAUAGCUCUAUCGAGAGGAAACGCCGAUCAAGUUCUAGUUCUGAUGAAGCUCGGCAGUAACCUCCCCCCUUCAUCGAUCGCCAGAACUCUGAGCCUCUCGCAGAUCGCUGUACUCGCUGAUGACAUGAUCAUCGAAGCAUCACCCAAUCCGCUCGAAGCGACACUAGAACUCGGAGCCUUCUUCAAUAAAUGCGCUCAAACGUCGAGUAAAAGCGAGUACAACAAACUGGCUCUAACUAUGGAAUCCAAAGCAACUCAGAUGUUGGGAUGUAGCAACAUGCUGUCACGUGACGCAGUUUUCAUUGCAAUUUCAAACUCACAGAUGAAGUUUUUAGCUCACCCUUGUAUUCAAUCCCGUUUGAAGGAAAUCUGGUUGUCAACCCAGUAUUGCAGUGACAUGGGAAUCCUUCAGUUUAUCAAGUUAUUUCUUGUCUGCAUUUUGAGAUACGUCCUUCUUCCGUUCUUCCUGCUCUUCUAUGUCCUUCCAGUCCACGGUCGUCGCUACACACAUCACAUCAAACGUUUCCUGAAAGAAUCGCCUCCGUGCAUUCGACACGCAGUCGCCACUCUUCUCUACAUCCUAUUCAUAGUCAUGCUGGUCUAUGACUCCUGCACAAAUGCCAGUAUGAAGAAGAGAUGGACACUCCAGGCAAUCGACUGCAUCAUUGUCGUCUAUGUCACCAGCUUCGGUCUCUACCAAGUAACUCUUGGAGUCAGACAAGGAUUCCGGACAUACUUUUCAUGCUGGAAGAACUUCAUUGAUAUCUUUGUUGUCAUAACGUUCGCCGGCUACUGCAUAUUCAGAUUUCUCAUCACAAUGACAGCGGAUCCCUCAAUCGGACAAGUCGAAUUGAUUGGUUUUCGUGUCGUGCUCAUUCUCUCGGGUCUGGCCACGUUCCUCGCCUCGUUGCGUCUGCUUGACUUCAUCAAGGUGUAUCCGAGAAUGGGAACGGCGAUUGUGUCACUCCAGCAGGUCGUCUGUGAUGUUGCAGUAUUCCUUCUCAUUCUCAUGAUAUUUGCUACCGCGUUUGCCCUCGGUAUAUCGAAUGUCUACACGAGUGGCCGUUACACCGACAAAUACGAGAAUGCGGUCAGAACUUGCUUGAACACAACAAUCCACGUGGACUUGUCUCGUCCCACCUCGGGAUUAUUCAACGAGACUCUCGAUUUUGUGACACGAGAUACGAAUUCCAUGUUUACGUUCGAUUGUGUCCACAACGUGUUUGACUCUCUUUCUUCAUCCCACAAGCCAGUUCCAGAUGCUGUUGACGGAUUUGUAUUGACGAUUGCAACGAUGGUCUGGGCUCUGUUUGGACUCAUCAAUGCUGAUGAUUUUAAUGCCGCAAGUCCUCUCGAAACAAUAGUUGGAAAGGUGGGUAUUGCUCUAUGGCUGAUGGUCGCCACCAUCUCUCUGCUGAUUAUGUUCAGCAUUGCAGUCACGAAGAUCGUCCAGGUCAAGCAGGAUCACAUCGACAUACACUGGAAGUUUGCUCAAGCGAUCGUCAUACACACCCACGAGACAUCGCCCACAGUACCCCCACCUCUCAACAUUCCAUACACCAUCGCACUAGCGAUUGCAUUCAUAUGCACUUGCUGUCUCAAAAAGGCUGAGAGAGAAGACGAUCUAGAGGAGGCAGACUGUGUUGCCGAAUCAGCAUCCGCUAUGAUUCAGAACUACAAACGUCAAGAAGCUGAGGAGCAAGACAGCGAACUCGCCAAGAAGGCCGACAUCAAAUCGAUCAAUCAGCGUUUGCUAUCACUGGAGAGCACUCUGUGUUCAUGGUCCACAAAUCGGAAAUUGGAUUUCAGCGAUUCAGGGGCAAUAUCUGCCGACAUUGACAGUAUGAAUCCGAGCAGGUGUACGACCUCGGACGGCGACACCUACGCCAUUCCAUCCGUCGUCUGCCAACAACUGCUAGAGAUGAUGAAAUCGUUGCAUCAUGUCGUUGGUACACUAGACAGGAGAUUAAACGGUAUCGAGACACGAAUGCAUUCACGGGACCAUUCGAAAGAACCUUUCCGCGAUGAAGUUUUCUAAAUGCAGUAAAAUUCACAUAAUCGGAUGGAUGUACACAAAGGUACGUAACGAGCUGUACGAUACAUGACUGACAACAAUAAAUUAUCUCAGCUGUUGUAAUAUAUUUUGGAAUAUGAUGUCUUAGCUUUCGAUCUCAAUUUGAUAUCAAAAUGUACAGUUACUUUUUGUGCAAGCUUUAGUUAUUGGGUAGUCGGUCUAUUCAAUUUUACAAUUUAAUAUUCAUGUUUCUAAUCUGUCAUUCUAGUUUUAUUUUUGUUUUCUAAUUUUUAAUGUUUAAAAUACAGUUAUUUAAAAUGUGCUUACUUUUUCAAUUUUUAAAAUUGUACAUUGAUCAAGGCAUGCAUGGUGUGCAGCACAAAAGGGGCAUAAAAGUUAAACGUUCAAAGUCAAAUCUUAUAAUGCAAAAAUUAGAAAUUAAUUAAAACUUAAAAUUUAAAAAA